CCUUUCGCUCAACUUCCUGUUCCCUCCCCUACCCUUUCAGUGCCUCUCUCUUGACUGACUCCCAGGCAAUCUUCAGUUUCAAAGUCGUCGUUGUUGGCGUUCGUGUCGACUGGCCAGAGUCCGCGAAGCUGAGCAGUGAGCAUCUUUCCAAAAACUCCACCCGGCUCCUGUCCUGCCCUCGGGGUUCCUCCUCACGCCACUUCCCGUUUUGCAAUAGUGCUGUUCUCUACUGGCCAUGGCCUUCCAUAGCUUCCUGCUGGAACCAAUUAGCUGCCAUGCCUGGAACAAGGAUGGAACCCAGGUAGCUAUCUGCCCCAACAAUCACGAGGUCCACAUUUACAAGAAGGACGGGACCAAAUGGACCAGGAUCCACGAGCUCAAGGAGCACAAUGGCCAGGUGACAGGUGUGGACUGGGCGCCUGACAGCAACCGCAUCGUGACAUGCGGCGCUGACCGCAACGCGUAUGUGUGGACCCUGAAGGAGGGCUCCUGGAAACCCACUCUGGUCAUCUUGCGCAUCAACAGGGCGGCGCGCUGCGUCAAGUGGUCCCCUCAGGAGAACAAAUUUGCUGUGGGAAGCGGCUCACGACUCAUCUCCAUUUGCUACUUUGAGCAGGAGAAUGACUGGUGGGUGUGUAAGCACAUCAAGAAACCCAUCCGCUCCACCAUCCUCAGUCUGGACUGGCACCCCAACAAUGUGCUGCUGGCCGCAGGGUCCUGCGACUUCAAAUGCAGGGUAUUUUCGGCUUACAUUAAAGAAGUGGAGGAGAAGCCGAGCCCCACACCCUGGGGUAGCAAGAUGCCCUUCGGUGAGAUGCUGUUCGAGUCUGGGGGGUCGGCAGCCGAGGGUCUGAGUGCAGCGCCGGGCGGCGGUGGUGGAUGGGUGCACAGCGUGUGUUUCUCCAAUUCCGGAAACCGCCUAGCGUGGACUUCGCACGACUCUACUUUGUCGGUCGCAGAGGGUGGCAAGACCAGCACCGUGAGUAGUCUGCGGUCCGACACGCUUCCUUUGCUGUGCGUGACCUUCAUCACUGAGAGCAGCUUAGUUGCCGCUGGCCACGACUGUUGCCCAAUGCUCUUCGUGCUGGACGCAGCCAAAGCAGGUCUGGUGUUAGGUGGCAAACUGGACGUCCCCAAGCAGGCGGCCCAGAAGGGGAUCAGUGCUAGGGAGCGCUUCCAGAACCUGGACCGACGUGCCUCGGAGACCCAGUGCAACGACAAGGACCUCAGCACGCUGCACAAGAACAGCAUCAGUCAUAUCUCAGUGUUGCAAGGAGGACGCAACCAGUGCACCAAAUUCUGCACCACUGGCAUGGAUGGAGGCAUGUGCAUCUGGGAUGUUAAGACUCUGGAGUCCUCUAUGAAGAACCUAAAGAUCGUAUGAAGCAACUCGCAAUUGAGAAGGAGAAAAAGGAGGGACAAUAUGAAGAAAAGUGCUGCCUUAUUACACAAAGCUUCUGUGCCAUAUUUUAAGAAGGUCUUAUUUUUAUACGCUAAGGUCCAACUUUCAGUCGCGCGGUCAGUGGAAGCUCCACAAGCUAAUACAGACGUCUGCUAACGGUACUGAUAUUGCAAUGAGACUGAAUGCUUAAAGCAGUAUUUUAUACAUAUUACAAAAAUGAUAAUGUGCAUCAUGAGAGGCUGUAGUCCUCCUCUUUAUAAGCUUAUGCUGGUCAUAAUAUGCAUUUCAUUAAAGAAAAACAAAAAA